AUGCAAUCUUAUCCUAGACCCCCAAUGGCGCUCUACAGGUCCUGUGGCGCUCUCAUUUCGAGCCCAGCACUCGCUCCCUCCAAAACACCAAUCUCAACCAUUCAUCUUCAACAUUUCCCAACAAUUUCCUCAAAACCCAUAUUCAAAAACACCACCGCAAAGCCACUAAGAGCCACGAAGACACCCCAGAAGUACGUGUACCCUGACCCAAUCCCCCAAUUUGCAGAAUCUGAGACCCAGAAGUUCAGGGCUGAGCUUUCCAGGAAGCUGUUGAAGGACAAGGAGACUUUUGGGGAUGACCUCCAUGGCGUCAUAGACGUUUGUUCACAGAUAUUCAGUGAGUUCUUGCUCAAGGAGUAUGGAGGACCUGGGACAUUAUUGGUGGAGCCUUUCACUGAUAUGCUGGUUGCUCUCAAGGAGAAGGAAUUACCAGGAGCACCUUUGGCUGCAAGGGCAUCUCUGUUAUGGGCUCAAAGCUAUUUAGAUCAAGACUGGGAAAUUUGGAACUCAAAAUCGCCAAACUAA